AUGGCAGAGCAGGUAAUCACACAGGGUGCAAUCAAGAAUAUAUUUGACCCCAAUGGCGCGCCUGCAGACCAGCCAAUAUUGCAAUGCGUACAGAUCAAGCCGAUGGAGCCCAAGGCAGGCGAGCCGAAUCCUGUACAGCGCUUUCGGGUGGUAUUGAGUGAUAUUCGCAACUUCAUUCAGACCAUGAUUGCUACCACUGCCAACGAUAUCGUCACUUCUGGCCAACUCAAAAAGGGCUCCAUAGUACGGUUGCUCAAAUACAACCCUCAGCGCGUCAAGGACAAGAACAUCCUCAUCAUCAUGGAACUCGAGGUGCUCUCCGAGUACGGCGAACUUGAAAAGAUCGGCCAGCCUGAAGCACUGGAGACCAGAGCUGAUACCCAACCCGCCGCUAUCUCAGGCAACAACUUUUACGGAAACAAGCCUGCACCUGCAGCACAAGCUCCGCAGAGGUCGCUUCCAGUCCACCAGAGCAACCCUGGCACAUCCUCGCACCCGCACCUGUAUCCUAUCGAGUCUCUCUCGCCGUAUGCACACAAGUGGACGAUUCGUGCACGAUGCACUAGCAAGAGCGACAUGAAGGAAUGGCACAAUGCCAAAGGGUCAGGCAAGCUCUUCAGUGUCAAUCUGCUAGAUGACACCGGCGAGAUCAGAGCUACAGCUUUCACCGAAGUUGCUGAUAAGCUGUUCCCCGUCUUUGAGGAGGGUGUGGUCUACUAUAUCUCUGCGCCGUGCAGGGUCACUCUGGCGAAGAAGAAUUUUUCGAACUUACCCAAUGACUACGAGCUCCAGUUCGAACGCGAUACCGAAGUAGAGAAGGCAGAAGACCAGGAGAACAAGCCACAAAUACGGUUCAACUUCACCAAGAUCGGCGAUCUCGAUUCUGUCGAGAAGGACUCAACGAUCGAUACGAUCGGAGUGCUCAAGGAGGUCGGCGAAGUGGCUACCAUAACAUCGAAGAACACCAACAAGGACUUCAGCAAACGGGAGUUGACCUUGGCGGAUGACAGUCAGACAUCAGUGCGACUCACCAUUUGGGGUAAGACGGCAGAGAGCUUUGAAGCUCCACUGGAGUCGAUUCUUGCAUUCAAGGGCGUCAAGGUGUCUGAUUUUGGCGGACGCAGUCUAAGUCUUUUGAGUUCAGGCUCGAUGAUGGUCGACCCGGACAUUGAUGAAGCCCACAAACUACGUGGAUGGUUCAACGCUGUUGGCCAGAACGCCACAUUCUCGACGCACAAUAACUUGGCCUCUAGCUCGGGUGGAUCUAAGAACGAGAGCAAGCUCAUCUCCCAAAUCAUGGAAGAGGAGAGCUAUCUGCAGGACACACCUACCUACUUGAGUUUAAGGGCGUCAGUUGUCUAUGUGAAGAACACGACCGUAGCAUAUCCUGCUUGCUCGACACCGGGUUGCAACAAGAAAGUUAUUGAAGAGAAUCCCGGGGCCUGGUGGUGUGAAAAGUGCCAGAAGACCUACCCGGAGCCGCUGUAUCGGUACGUGCUGAGCGUCAAUGUUGCAGACCACACUGGCACGCUGUGGCUGAGUUGUUUUGAUGAGGCUGGACAGACUAUUGUCGGUAUGUCAGCAAAUGAAGCGAUGAAGAUGAAGACAGACGAUGAGGACAAUGGCACUCAAAACUUCUUGACCGCUAUGCAAGAAGCUACGUGCAAGACAUUCAACUUCAGGGUCCGUGGCAAGAUGGAGACAUAUCAGGAUCAGCCCAAGCCUCGGUACCAGGUUCUAAACCUGUAUCCCUUAAACUACGCUCAGGAAGCCAACAAGCUGGCCCAACUCAUCAAGCAAUACGACUUGAAUGAGGACAGCUUGUUUGUCAACUAG